UUCUCCCACUAAUUUUCCCCGCUCUUUCUUUCCCCCAAAACCAAAAAAAAAAGCCCUAAUUUGGCCGGCAAUGGCGAAACCCUCGGAUUCGUCGGGGUUCUCUUCGGACAGAUCGGUCUCCGACAUCGAAGGAGAAGAGUUGCGGAAGAACGAGGCGGAGGAGGAGGUGCCGGAGGAGGACGAGGAGGAGCUCGAGGCCGUCGCCAGGACGGCGGCUGAGGACGAGGUGUCGCAGUCGACGGAGGAUGAUAUUGCCGCCGGCGAGGAGGAAGAUGAGGAGGAGACCGAGGGUCCUUCAAAUAAUGAAAUUGGAAAACGGGAAAGGUCAAGGCUUAGAGAAAUGGAACGAAUGAAGAAAAAGAAGAUUCAAGAGAUAUUGGAUGCCCAGAAUGCUGCCAUUGAUGCUGACAUGAACAACAAAGGGAAGGGGAGAUUGAAAUACCUACUUCAACAAACUGAGAUAUUUGCCCAUUUUGCAAAAGGCAAUCAAUCUGGUGGAGAAAAGAAGUCGAAAGGGAAGGGCCGCCAUGCAUCCAAACUUACUGAGGAGGAAGAAGAUGAAGAAUAUCUCAAGGAGGAAGAAGAUGGUUUGGCUGGUACGGGAGGGACUCGUCUGCUGCUGCAACCAUCUUGUAUACAGGGGAAGAUGAGAGACUAUCAACUUGCUGGAUUAAAUUGGUUAAUACGAUUAUAUGAAAAUGGCAUCAAUGGCAUUCUUGCUGAUGAGAUGGGUCUUGGUAAAACUUUGCAAACAAUCUCCCUGCUUGGAUAUUUACACGAGUUCAGGGGAAUUACUGGGCCUCACAUGGUUGUUGCACCUAAAUCCACUCUUGGAAACUGGAUGAAUGAGAUUCGCCGCUUCUGUCCAGUUUUACGUGCUAUAAAGUUUUUAGGGAACCCUGAUGAGAGGCAACAUAUACGUGAGAACUUAUUAGUUCCUGGAAAGUUUGAUGUUUGUGUAACUAGUUUUGAAAUGGCCAUCAAAGAGAAAUCUGCACUAAGGCGCUUUAGUUGGCGCUAUAUAAUUAUUGAUGAGGCCCAUCGGAUAAAGAAUGAGAAUUCCCUCCUAUCCAAAACAAUGAGACUCUACAAUACCAAUUAUCGUCUUCUUAUCACGGGCACACCUCUUCAGAACAAUCUUCAUGAAUUGUGGUCUCUUCUCAAUUUCUUACUACCUGAGAUAUUCAGUUCUGCUGAAACAUUUGAUGAAUGGUUUCAAAUUUCUGGAGAGAAUGAUCAGCAGGAGGUUGUUCAACAGCUUCAUAAGGUGCUUCGCCCGUUCCUUCUCCGAAGGCUUAAAUCUGAUGUUGAAAAGGGACUGCCUCCAAAGAAGGAGACUAUACUUAAAGUAGGAAUGUCCCAGAUGCAGAAGCAGUACUACCGUGCUUUGCUUCAGAAAGAUUUGGAAGUUGUAAAUGCUGGUGGGGAGCGUAAGCGCCUUUUGAACAUUGCCAUGCAGCUGCGUAAGUGUUGUAAUCAUCCGUAUUUGUUCCAAGGUGCUGAACCUGGUCCACCAUACACUACAGGAGAUCACCUAAUUACAAAUGCAGGAAAAAUGGUUCUGCUGGAUAAAUUGCUUCCAAAGCUUAAAGAUAGGGAUUCAAGAGUUCUAAUAUUUUCACAGAUGACCAGACUGCUGGAUAUCUUGGAAGACUACCUCAUGUUUCGUGGAUAUAAGUAUUGCCGUAUUGAUGGGAAUACUGGUGGGGAAGAUCGUGAUGCUUCGAUUGAAGCUUUCAAUCAGCCAGGAAGUGAAAAAUUCAUUUUCUUGCUUUCAACAAGAGCAGGGGGGCUGGGGAUUAACCUUGCCACUGCCGAUGUGGUCAUUCUUUAUGACAGUGAUUGGAAUCCGCAAGUUGAUCUGCAAGCCCAAGAUCGUGCACAUAGAAUUGGUCAAAAGAAAGAAGUUCAAGUGUUCCGGUUUUGCACUGAGUACACCAUUGAGGAAAAAGUUAUUGAGAGGGCAUAUAAGAAGCUUGCUCUUGAUGCUUUAGUUAUUCAACAAGGCAGAUUGGCCGAGCAAAAGACUGUUAAUAAAGAUGAAUUGCUGCAAAUGGUGAGGUUUGGUGCUGAAAUGGUUUUCAGUUCCAAGGAUAGCACAAUAACAGAUGAAGAUAUUGACCGUAUCAUAGCUAAAGGAGAAGAGGCAACAGCUGAACUUGAUGCAAAAAUGAAGAAGUUCACAGAAGAUGCCAUCAAAUUUAAAAUGGAUGACAAUGCUGAAUUAUAUGAUUUUGAUGAUGAAAAGGAUGAAAACAAGGUGGACUUUAAGAAAAUUGUUAGUGAGAAUUGGAUUGAGCCACCCAGAAGGGAACGAAAACGCAAUUAUUCGGAAUCUGACUAUUUUAAGCAAGCAUUACGCCAAGGUGGUCCAGCGAAGCCAAGGGAGCCACGUAUUCCUCGCAUGCCUCAUUUGCAUGAUUUCCAGUUUUUUAACACCCAGAGAUUGAAUGAGCUGUAUGAAAAAGAAGUGCGGUAUCUCAUGCAAGUUCAUCAGAAGAAUCAAUCAAAGGAUACAAUUGAAGGCGAUGAAUCUGAAGAGUUGGGAGAUCCCUUGACUGCGGAGGAGCAAGAAGAAAAAGAACAGUUGUUAGAAGAGGGUUUCUCAUCGUGGACAAGAAGAGACUUCAAUACAUUCAUUAGGGCCUGUGAGAAGUAUGGGCGUAAUGACAUAAAAAGUAUAGCUUCUGAGAUGGAAGGGAAAACAGAAGAGGAGGUUGAAAGAUAUGCUAAAGUUUUCAAAGCAAGAUACAAGGAGUUGAAUGAAUAUGACAGAAUAAUGAAGAAUAUUGAAAGAGGAGAGGCAAGGAUAUCACGUAAAGAUGAGAUAAUGAAAGCAAUUGGGAAGAAGUUGGAUCGCUACAAGAAUCCAUGGUUAGAGUUAAAGAUUCAAUAUGGGCAGAACAAAGGGAAGUUGUACAAUGAAGAAUGUGAUCGGUUCAUGUUAUGCAUGGUUCACAAAUUGGGUUAUGGAAACUGGGAUGAGUUGAAAGCAGCUUUCCGGAUGUCACCUUUGUUUCGCUUUGACUGGUUUGUGAAGUCACGCACGACCCAAGAAUUAGCUAGGCGCUGCGACACACUUAUUCGGUUGGUAGAAAAAGAAAAUCAAGAAUAUGAUGAGCGAGAGAGACAAGCUCGGAAGGAUAAAAAGCAUGCCAAGAAUUCAACCCCUUCAAAACGCUCAAUACCAAGGUCCCCAGCUACGGAGGCCUCAUUCAAGAGGAGAAAGCAAUCAUCUAUGGAUGAUUAUCUAAGCUCGGGAGGCAGGAGGAAAAGAUGAUCCCCAGGAGUCGCGACCAACAUCUUUGGCCCUAGAAGGGUUUUGGAAAAGUUCUACGGAUUUUUCAUGCUGAGAACGCACUCUGUGCACUUGAAUGUUAAUGAUUUCGCCCAUCUUUUUUGGUAAAAGGGCCUUAUUUACAUAUUUUAAUUCUCCAUUUUGAUCCCUCUUUAGGUGCAGUUCGUUAGCCUGCGCCAUACAGUCCGCAGGGGGGGGGGGGG